UGGGAGAGUGGACACCUGAACGUAUGGGAGAGAAAAAAUUUUCACGAGUUGUUAUUUGGGAUGAGGUAAUUUGUUGCGGUGACAAUAUACAACCUCCACCAUUCUUCGGAGAAAUGCCACAUAAUUGGUUAACUGAUUAUCGUGCAAAAUGUCCUAAGUUACAAAAAUGUGAACGUCUCGAAAAGGAAUGGACUUCUUCAGAUCAUAUAUUAUCAGCACAUUGCCUAUCUCGAAGAAUUGCAUCACAAAAAUACCUUGAACUUUAUCGUAUUAAAUAUCCAGAUCUACCAGUUCCACUAAUAUAUAGGCCAAGAGAUGGAUGUAAACAAAACUGCCUCAUUUCAAUUCCUGGUUCAUCUGAGAAACAAGAACUAGUAAAAAAUGAUAUA